AUCAACUUAAAUAUCUCCCAGCAGUGCAACACUGGCCUUGUCCAUUAAAAAGUUUAAAUAAAUAAAAAGAAAAGGCACCGAAAAAGUUGCCAUAAAAAACUGACACCGCCGUUGUCGGGAAAGGGAAAAAAACGUCGUCGUUAUUGUCUCUGUUGUUGACCUCAAGGAUAACCAGCUGACAUGCCACAUAAACUGGAAUACUAAGCAUUCGCGAACGAUACAUAUCGAGCCAAUAUAGUGGUUAAAUUUAUAUCCACAGCUGCAUUCAUAAGAGGAUUGGUAAGAAAACACUGCGCUUAACUGGGCAUUAAAUCGGGCCAAAAUGAACCAAACGACGGCAGCCAAUUCGCAUUGGCUGGCCGCUUUGCUGUCGUCGCUGCUGCUUUUAAAUUUGCUACACUUUAUCGGAGCCGACGAGGCGUUUUCGUGUCCAAAUGGCUGGGAACUGCGCGGCUUAAAUUGUUAUAAAUAUUUCAAUAUAAAGCACUCGUGGGAUAAAAGCGCUGAACUGUGUCGAAGAUACGGUGCUGACCUUGUAGCCAUCGACAGCUAUGCGGAGAACAAUGAGACUCUGUCCAUCGCCCGGGCAAGUGAUCCCAACCAGAGGGCUUCGGACAAGUACUGGCUGGGUUUGGCCUCCCUCGAUGACCUGCGUACAAACACUUUGGAGUCCGCCUCCGGAGCUUUGAUCUCCCAGUACUCUGGCUACUGGUCACUUCAUCAGCCGAAUGCCGAGUCCGGAGAGUGUGUGGCAGCAGAUUUCGCAGGAAAAUCCCAGAGCUGGGAUCUGGGUACCUGUGAGUCCCUGCUUCCCUUCAUGUGCCGAGCCCAAGCAUGCCCCCAGGGAGCACUCCACUGCGCCAACGGAAAGUGCAUCAACCAGGCCUUCAAGUGCGACGGCAGCGAUGAUUGUGGAGACGGCACCGAUGAACUAGACUGUCCUGCCCAAUGCCACUACCACAUGCAGUCCGGCGGAGAUGUGAUCGAGACGCCCAACUACCCCCACAAAUACGGAGCGCUGAGCAAGUGCAAGUGGACGCUGGAGGGACCACUGGGAAGCAACAUCAUCCUGCAGUUCCAGGACUUUGAGACUGAGAAGACUUUUGAUACCGUGCAGAUCCUGGUCGGCGGUCGCACCGAGGACAAGUCCGUGUCACUGGCCACGUUGAGUGGCAAGCAGGAUUUGACUACGCAACCAUUUGUUUCCGCCUCCAACUUCAUGAUCGUCAAGUUCACCACUGAUGGCAGUGUGGAGCGCAAGGGUUUCCGGGCCACCUGGAAAACCGAGGCCAAGAACUGCGGAGGCACUCUGAAAGCCACGCUGCAGCGCCAAAUCCUGACCAGCCCUAAUUACCCGAAACAAUAUCCCGGCGGUCUGGAGUGUCUGUAUGUGAUCAAGGCCCAGCCCGGUCGCAUCAUCUCCAUCGAAGUCGAUGAUCUGGAUAUCGCCGAGGGACGCGACUAUCUGCUGAUCCGUGAUGGAGACUCGCCCAUGAGCCGCACCAUUGCUAAGCUGACAGGAAAGACGGUUCAGAAUAACCGGGUAAUCAUCUCUACAGGUAAUGCCUUGUACUUGUACUUCAAGUCCAGUUUGGGUGAGGCCGGCAAGGGCUUUAGCCUGCGGUACAUCCAGGGCUGCAAGGCCACGAUCACUGCUAGAAAUGGUACUGUGACCUCACCCGCCUUCGGAUUGGCUGACUACCCCAAGAACCAGGAGUGCUACUUCACCAUCCGCAACAGUGCCCGUGCUCCGCUCUCCUUGAAAUUCGACAAGUUCACUGUCCACAAGAGCGACAACGUCCAGGUCUUUGAUGGAUCUUCCACCUCCGGUCUGCGUCUGCACUCUGGCAACGGAUUCACGGGCCCUGCGGCGCCCAAACUAACUCUGACUGCCUCGUCCGGGGAGAUGCUUAUCAAGUUCACCUCGGAUGCUCUGCAUAAUGCUGCUGGAUGGUCGGCUACCUUCUCGGCCGAUUGCCCGGAACUGCAGCCCGGAAUUGGAGCCUUGGCCUCCAGUCGCGACACCGCUUUCGGUACGCUGGUCAGCUUUACAUGUCCCAUUGGACAGGAGUUUGCCACCGGCAAGACGCGACUGGUUACUGAAUGUCUGCGCGGUGGCAACUGGAGUGUCUCCUACAUACCUAAGUGUCAGGAGGUCUACUGCGGUCCUGUGCCACAAAUCGACAACGGUUUCUCCAUUGGCUCCUCGAAUGUGACCUAUCGCGGUAUCGCCAUGUACCAGUGCUAUGCCGGCUUUGCCUUUGCCUCGAGUGCACCGAUUGAGAAGAUAUCUUGUCUGCCAGAUGGUCGUUGGGAAAGACAGCCCCAUUGCAUGGCCUCCCAGUGCGCAGCUCUGCAAGAAGUGGCCCAUGCUAACGUUACCCUCCUCAACGGAGGAGGUCGCAGCUAUGGAACCAUUGUUCAGUACGAAUGUGAACCGGGAUACGAGCGUAAUGGUCAUCCGGUAUUGACCUGCAUGUCGAAUGGCACCUGGAGUGGGGAUGUGCCCAAGUGUACGCGCAAGCGCUGCUACGAGUUCCCGGAGAUUGCCAACGGAUUUGUGGUAGACUCUAGCCGAGCCUACCUGUUCGGAGAUGAGGCCAGGGUGCAGUGCUUUAAGGGAUACAAGCUGAUCGGCAGCAACAUCAUGCGGUGCAGCGAAGCCCAGAAAUUCGAGCAGCCUCCAACCUGCGAAGACAUCAACGAGUGCAGCUCCUCACAAUGCGAUCUUACUACCACUGAGUGUCAGAAUACGAAUGGCUCCUUCCAUUGCCAGUGCAGAUCCGGAUUCACGGCCACCACUGAGUGCAGACCCGUGGGUGAUCUGGGCUUGGGAAAUGGAGGCAUUCCUGACGACAGCAUCAGCACCUCGAUUAGUGAGCCUGGUUACAUUAAGACUCAGCUGCGUCUAAACACGAACGGCUGGUGUGGUGGCUCCUCGGAGCCAGGUGCCAACUGGAUCCUUAUUGACCUCAAGGCACCCACCAUUCUUCGUGGAUUCCGGACCAUGUCCGUGCAGCGUCCCGAUGGCAAUGUGGCCUUCAGUUCGGCGGUGCGUCUGCAGUACACCAACGAUCUGACGGAUGUCUUUAAGGACUACGCCAAUCCCGACGGAACUGCUGUAGAGUUCCGCAUCCUGGAACCCACUCUGUCUAUCCUCAAUCUCCCUCUGCCCAUCGAGGCUCGUUACAUUCGCUUCCGUAUUCAGGACUAUGUAGGUGCUCCUUGUCUUCGCAUGGAACUGAUGGGUUGCACGCGCUUGGACUGCGUGGACAUCAACGAGUGCAGCAAGAACAACGGUGGCUGUGACCAGAAAUGUAUCAACUCUCCUGGAGGCUUUGCUUGUGGCUGCAACACUGGAUACCAACUAUACACAUCCAACGGAACUGCUGGCUAUCACAUUGAGCGCUCCGAGUCCGGAGAACGGGAUGGAGACACCUACCAGCGCAACAAGACCUGUGUUCCUCUGAUGUGUCCUGAGUUGGAGGCUCCCGAAAACGGACAACUCUUGAGCGACCGGAACGAAUACCACUUUGGCGAUGUGGUACGCUUCCAGUGCCACUUUGGUUAUAUCAUGAGCGGUAGCUCGGCGGCUCUUUGUCUGUCCAGCGGUCAGUGGAACGCCAGCGUACCAGAGUGCAACUAUGCCAAGUGCGUUUCCUUACCUGAUGAUAAGCUGGAGGGCCUGACUGUGGCCCGUCCGGAUCCCGAAUCUGUGCUAGUGCCCUUCCGUGACAAUGUGACAAUUACCUGCGGAUCGGCAGGACGCCAACUGAGAGCCACCGCUUCAUCCGGUUUCCGUCAGUGCGUGUACGACCCGAAACCGGGUCUGCCCGACUACUGGCUAUCUGGGAUGCAACCCUCUUGUCCAAGGGUGGACUGCUAUUCGCCAAUGCCUACACCUGGAGCUGAGUACGGACAGUUUGUGGACACGCGCUACCAGAGCAGUUUCUUCUUCGGCUGCCAGAAUACCUUCAAGUUGGCUGGACAAACCGGACGUCACGAUAAUGUGGUUCGUUGUGGAGCUGAUGGAAUCUGGGACUUUGGAGAUCUUCGCUGCGAGGGACCAGUUUGUGAGGAUCCAGGCAGGCCUGCUGAUGGUCGCCAGAUUGCCCGCAGCUAUGAGCAGAGUUCGGAGGUGUACUUCGGCUGCAAUCGUCCUGGCUACAUCCUGAUCAACCCCAGGCCUAUUACAUGUAUUCGCGAGCCUGAGUGCAAGGUCAUCAAGCCUUUGGGCUUGGGAUCUGGCAGGAUUCCAGAUUCAGCCAUCAAUGCCACCUCGGAACGACCCAACUAUGAGGCUAAGAACAUCCGUCUCAACUCUGCCACCGGAUGGUGUGGAAAGCAGGAAGCCUUCACCUAUGUCAGCGUGGAUCUGGGACAGAUUUACCGAGUAAAGGCUAUUCUGGUUAAGGGCGUGGUGACCAACGAUAUUGUGGGCAGGCCAACAGAGAUUCGAUUCUUCUACAAGCAGGCCGAGAGCGAGAACUACGUGGUGUACUUCCCCAACUUCAACCUGACCAUGCGAGAUCCGGGCAACUAUGGCGAGCUGGCCAUGAUCACGCUGCCCAAGUUUGUGCAGGCCCGCUUUGUGAUUCUGGGAAUAGUGAGCUACAUGGACAACGCUUGUCUGAAGUUCGAGUUGAUGGGUUGCGAGGAGCCAAAGCAGGAGCCUCUGUUGGGUUAUGACUACGGAUAUUCCCCUUGCGUGGAUAACGAGCCACCAAUCUUCCAAAACUGCCCACAACAACCAAUUGUGGUGCGCCGCGAUGAGAAUGGCGGUGUGCUGCCUGUGAACUUCACCGAACCCACUGCCGUGGAUAAUUCCGGAUCCAUUGCACGUCUGGAGAUCAAGCCACAAAACUUCCGCACUCCUAGCUACAUUUUCAAGGAUACGGUUGUGAAGUACGUGGCCUUUGAUUACGAUGGUAACGUGGCCAUUUGCGAGAUCAACAUCACUGUUCCCGAUGUCACACCACCCCUACUUCAGUGCCCCCAGAGCUAUGUGAUCGAGCUGGUCGAUCGCCAGGAGAGCUACACUGUCAACUUCAACGACACUCGUAAGAGGAUCAAGGCCUCGGAUGACACCGGAGAGGUUAAGCUGCAGUUUAGCCCAGAAAGUGCUACGAUUAAGAUUGGAAACUUUGAGAAUGUGACUGUUACGGCUACCGAUAAGUACAACAACCGUGCCGCCUGCCACUUCCAGGUCUCCGUGAAGGCUUCACCCUGUGUGGACUGGGAGUUGCAGCCCCCUGCUAAUGGAGCCAUUAACUGCUUGCCCGGAGAUCGCGGAAUCGAAUGCAUUGCUACCUGCAAGCCAGGUUUCCGGUUCACGGACGGAGAGCCCCUGAAGACCUUCUCCUGCGAAACUUCCCGUCUGUGGCGUCCCACUUCUGUGGUGCCCGACUGUGUCUCCGAGAAUACGGAGCAAGCUGCCUACCACGUAACUGCCUCGAUUACCUAUCGUGCCAACGGAGCAGUGGCCCAAUCCUGUCUGGGUCAGUACCAGGAUGUUCUGGCUCAACAUUACAGUGGCUUGAACCAGUUGCUGUCGCAGCGUUGCUCGGCGGUGAAUGUCAACAUGAACGUGACCUUCGUUAAGUCGGUGCCCAUGCUUCUGGAGGAGAAUGUGGUCAAGAUGGACUUCAUCCUCUCCAUCCUGCCAGCGGUGCGUCAGCCUCAACUUUACGAUCUGUGCGGCUCAACCCUGAACCUGAUCUUUGACCUGAGUGUGCCCUAUGCCAGUGCUGUAAUUGAUGACCUCCUGAACAUUGCCAACAUUGGCAACCAGUGUCCUCCUCUGCGCGCUCUCAAGUCGCAGAUUUCGCGUGGCUUUAAUUGUAACGUAGGUGAGGUGCUGAACAUGGAUACCAGCGAUGUGCCACGCUGCUUGCACUGUCCCGCCGGAACCUAUGUGUCCGAGGGUCAGAACAGCUGCACCUACUGCCCGAGGGGCUACUACCAGAACCGCGAUCGCCAGGGAACAUGCCUACGCUGUCCAGCUGGAACUUACACCAAGGAAGAGGGCACCAAGCUGCAAGCGGACUGCAUUCCCGUUUGUGGUUUCGGCACUUACUCGCCCACUGGAUUAGUACCCUGCCUGGAGUGUCCACGUAAUUCCUUCACCGCCGAACCGCCAACGGGUGGAUUCAAGGAUUGUCAGGCUUGUCCAGCUCAGACUUUCACCUACCAGCCAGCUGCUUCCAACAAGGAUUUGUGUCGCGCUAAAUGCGCUCCAGGAACUUAUUCCGCCACAGGAUUGGCACCUUGCUCGCCUUGUCCACUGCAUCACUACCAGGGUGCCGCAGGAUCCCAGAGCUGUAACGAGUGUCCGAGCAAUAUGAGAACUGAUACUGCUGCCUCCAAGGGACGCGAACAGUGCAAGCCGGUGGUUUGUGGCGAGGGCGCCUGUCAGCACGGAGGUCUGUGUGUUCCCAUGGGCCACGACAUCCAGUGCUUCUGCCCCGCCGGAUUCUCCGGUCGCCGCUGCGAACAGGACAUUGACGAGUGCGCCUCCCAGCCGUGCUACAAUGGUGGUCAGUGCAAGGACUUGCCUCAGGGAUAUCGUUGCGAGUGCCCAUCGGGAUACUCGGGAAUCAAUUGUCAGGAGGAGACCAGCGACUGUGGCAACGACACCUGUCCAGCCAGAGCCAUGUGCAAGAACGAGCCGGGCUUCAAGAACGUGACGUGUCUCUGCCGCAGCGGCUACACCGGAGAUCAGUGCGAUGUGACCAUUGACCCGUGCACAGCGAAUGGUAAUCCAUGUGGAAAUGGAGCCAGCUGCCAGGCCCUGGAACAGGGUCGCUACAAGUGCGAGUGUGUGCCUGGAUGGGAGGGCAUCCACUGCGAGCUGAAUAUCAACGACUGUUCGGAGAAUCCUUGCCUUUUGGGAGCGAACUGCACGGAUCUGGUCAACGACUUCCAGUGCGCCUGUCCACCAGGAUUCACUGGUAAGCGGUGUGAACAGAAGAUCGACCUUUGCCUGUCCGAGCCCUGCAAGCAUGGAACCUGUGUGGACCGACUGUUUGAUCACGAAUGUGUCUGUCACCCGGGCUGGACAGGAUCCGCCUGUGACAUCAACAUCGACGACUGUGAAAAUCGGCCAUGCGCCAACGAGGGAACCUGUGUGGACCUGGUUGACGGAUACAGUUGCAACUGCGAACCCGGCUACACCGGCAAGAACUGCCAACACACCAUCGACGAUUGCGCAUCGAAUCCGUGCCAGCAUGGAGCCACAUGUGUCGACCAGUUGGAUGGAUUCAGUUGCAAGUGCCGACCUGGUUAUGUGGGUCUCUCCUGCGAGGCUGAGAUUGACGAGUGCCUGAGCGAUCCUUGUAAUCCCGUGGGCACGGAACGUUGCCUUGACCUGGACAACAAGUUCGAGUGCGUGUGCAGGGAUGGAUUCAAGGGACCUCUGUGCGCUACCGAUAUCGAUGAUUGCGAAGCUCAGCCAUGUCUUAACAAUGGACUCUGUCGGGAUCGCGUUGGUGGCUUUGAGUGCGGCUGUGAGCCGGGCUGGAGUGGCAUGCGCUGUGAGCAGCAGGUGACCACAUGUGGGGCUCAGGCUCCUUGCCAGAACGACGCCAGCUGCAUCGACCUCUUCCAGGACUACUUCUGCGUGUGUCCCAGUGGAACUGAUGGCAAGAACUGCGAGACCGCUCCGGAACGCUGCAUUGGAGAUCCUUGUAUGCACGGCGGCAAGUGCCAGGACUUCGGAUCCGGCUUGAACUGCAGCUGUCCUGCGGAUUACUCGGGUAUCGGCUGUCAGUACGAGUACGAUGCGUGCGAGGAACAAGUGUGCCAGAAUGGAGCCACCUGUGUGGACAAUGGAGCUGGCUACAGUUGCCAGUGCCCACCUGGCUUCACCGGACACAAUUGCGAACAGGACAUCGUGGACUGCAAGGACAACUCCUGCCCACCGGGCGCUACCUGCGUGGAUCUGACCAACGGCUUCUACUGCCAGUGUCCAUUCAACAUGACCGGAGACGAUUGCCGAAAGGCCAUCCAAGUGGACUACGAUCUGUACUUCAGCGAUCCCUCGCGAUCCACUGCCGCCCAGGUGGUGCCAUUCCCCACGGGAGAGGCCAACAGCCUGACGGUGGCCAUGUGGGUGCAGUUUGCCCAGAAGGACGACCCCGGCAUUUUCUUCACCCUUUACGGAGUGGAAUCCGCUCGCAUGACCCAGCGUCGACGAAUGUUGCUCCAGGCUCACUCCAGUGGAGUUCAGGUUUCAUUAUUUGAGGAUCAGUCCGACGCUUUCCUGAGCUUCGGAGAGUACACAUCCGUCAACGACGGCCAGUGGCAUCAUGUUGCCGUGGUCUGGGAUGGAAUCUCCGGACAACUGCAACUGAUCACUGAGGGACUGAUUGCCAGUAAGAUGGAGUACGGAGCCGGUGGCGCUCUGCCCGCAUAUCUCUGGGCAGUACUUGGACGCCCUCAGCCAUAUGGACUUAGCAACGAGCUGGCCUACUCCGAUUCCGGCUUCCAGGGUACCGUAACCAAGGCUCAGGUGUGGGCUCGUGCCCUCGACAUCACAUCUGAGAUCCAGAAACAGGUGCGCGACUGCCGAUCUGAGCCAGUUCUCUAUCCCGGUCUCAUCCUUAACUGGGCGGGAUACGAGGUGACAUCUGGUGGAGUGGAACGUAAUGUGCCAUCCCUUUGCGGACAACGCAAGUGUCCUGUGGGCUACACUGGAGCCAAUUGCCAACAACUGGUAGUCGACAAGGAGCCACCUGUUGUGGAACACUGCCCCGGAGAUCUGUGGGUGAUUGCCAAGAACGGAUCGGCAGUGGUUACCUGGGAUGAGCCACACUUCAGCGACAACAUUGGAGUGACCAAGAUCUAUGAACGAAAUGGACACCGAUCUGGAACCACCUUACUUUGGGGCACCUACGAUAUUACCUAUAUUGCAUCCGAUGCAGCUGGUAACACGGCAUCCUGUAGCUUCAAGGUUUCCCUGCUAACCGAAUUCUGCCCACCAUUAGCUGAUCCUGGGGGAUCGCAAGUGUGCAAGGACUGGGGAGCAGGUGGUCAGUUCAAGGUUUGCGAGAUUGCCUGUAAUACCGGCCUGCGAUUCUCCGAGCAGGUUCCAGAGUUCUACACCUGCGGAGCCGAAGGCUUCUGGCGUCCCACACGCGAACCGUCAACGCCUUUGGUCUACCCAUCCUGCUCACCUUCGAAGCCAGCCCAACGAGUGUUCCGCAUCAAGAUGCUGUUCCCCUCGGAUGUCCUGUGCAACAAGGCUGGUCAGGCGGUGCUCCGCCAAAAGGUUACCAACUCAGUGAACGGCCUGAACAGGGACUGGAACUUCUGUUCUUACGCCAUCGAAGGAACCAGGGAAUGCAAGGAUAUCCAGAUUGAUGUGAAAUGCGAUCACUACCGCGCUGCCCAGAACAACCGCGUUCGUCGCCAGGCCAAGGAUGGCGGAGUCUAUGUGAUGGAGGCCGAACUGCCAGUGGUCAACGAGGAUGAUGACGAUCUGACUUUGACGGGUCGCCAGGGACGCCAACAAACUGGCGGCGAUACAUACACCCUGGAGAUAGCCUUCCCGGCUGUAAAUGAUCCAGUGGUGCACACUUCGACGGGUGAAAGAUCCAGUGUUAAACAGUUGCUGGAGAAGCUGAUCCUUGAGGACGACCAGUUUGCAGUGCAGGAGAUCCUGCCCAACACAGUCCCUGACCCAGCCUCUUUGGAACUUGGCUCGGAAUACGCUUGCCCCGUGGGCCAGGUGGUGAUGAUUCCCGACUGUGUACCUUGUGCCAUUGGAACCUUCUACGACAGUGCCAACAAGACGUGCAUAGCCUGUUCCCGCGGAACUUACCAGUCAGAAGCUGGCCAGCUGCAGUGUAGUAAGUGCCCGGUAAUUGCCGGAAGACCAGGAGUGACCGCAGGACCUGGUGCCCGUUCGGCGGCAGACUGCAAAGAGCGCUGCCCUGCCGGCAAGUACUUCGAUGCUGAAACUGGACUGUGCCGCUCCUGCGGCCAUGGUUUCUAUCAACCCAAUGAAGGAUCCUUCGGCUGCGAGCUGUGUGGUUUGGGACAGACAACGCGCUCCACAGAGGCCACUUCACGCAAAGAAUGUCGCGAUGAGUGCAGUUCUGGCCAGCAAUUAGGAGCCGAUGGACGCUGUGAACCUUGCCCACGUGGAACCUACCGUCUGCAAGGCGUUCAGCCGUCUUGUGCCGCUUGUCCUCUGGGCCGGACCACGCCCAAGGUGGGCGCCAGUUCUGUGGAGGAAUGCACCCUGCCAGUCUGCUCAGCGGGAACGUACCUGAAUGCGACGUUGAACAUGUGCAUUGAGUGCCGCAAGGGCUUCUACCAGUCGGAGUCGCAGCAGACCACUUGUCUGCAGUGCCCGCCCAAUCACAGCACAAAGAUCACUGGAGCCACCUCGAAGAGCGAGUGCACCAAUCCAUGCGAGCACAUUGCCGAAGGCAAGCCACACUGUGAUGUGAAUGCCUACUGCAUCAUGGUGCCGGAGACGUCGGACUUCAAGUGUGAGUGCAAGCCAGGAUUCAAUGGAACCGGAAUGGCUUGCACGGAUGUGUGCGAUGGCUUCUGCGAGAACUCUGGGGCCUGUGUCAAGGAUCUGAAGGGUACGCCCUCUUGCCGCUGUGUUGGCUCCUUUACGGGACCACACUGCGCGGAACGCUCAGAGUUCGCUUACAUCGCCGGUGGCAUUGCCGGAGCAGUGAUCUUUAUCAUAAUCAUCGUUCUGCUCAUCUGGAUGAUCUGCGUCCGAUCGACGAAGCGUAGGGAUCCCAAGAAGAUGCUGACGCCAGCAAUCGACCAAACCGGAUCGCAGGUUAACUUCUAUUACGGCGCCCACACUCCCUACGCUGAGUCCAUCGCUCCCUCGCAUCACAGCACCUAUGCGCACUACUACGACGACGAGGAGGAUGGCUGGGAGAUGCCCAACUUCUACAACGAAACGUACAUGAAGGAUGGUCUGCAUGGCGGCAAGAUGAGUACAUUGGCCAGGUCCAAUGCCUCGCUGUAUGGAACUAAAGAAGACUUAUACGACCGACUGAAACGUCACGCCUACACGGGCAAAAAGGAAAAGAGUGAUAGUGAUAGCGAAGUGCAGUAAAACAACGAGUCGCGAAUUAGAAGAGAUAAAUUACGGAUAA